AUGGCAAUUUUAAAUGAAACUGGAAAACCUGACAUUUUUCUUACUAUGACGUGUAAUCCAAAUUGGUCGGAAAUAACAGAUAAUUUGUUACCAGGACAACAAGUAGCUGACAGACCAGAUUUAGUAGCUAGAGUUUUUGAUUUAAAAAAGGAUUAUUUACUUGAUAUUGUUGUGAAAAAAAGUUUUAUUGGAAAAGUAGCCUCUUAUGUUUAUGUCAGUGAGUUUCAAAAAAGAGGAUUACCACAUAUGCAUUUAUUAAUCACAUUAGAACAGGGAUAUAAAAUUACUACGGCUGACAUAGUUGACAAAUUCAUAUCAGCUGAACUACCAAUUCAAAUAAGAAAUCCACGUUUAUUUGAUAUUGUUAUGAGAACUAUGACUAAUGGCCCAUGUGGUGACUGGUGUAUGAAAGAUGGUAAAUGCUCCAAAAAAUUUCCAAAGCAAUUUCAAGAUGAAACAACUAUGGAUGCAAAUGGUUAUCCACAAUAUCGCAGGAGAGAUCCUGGUGUCGAGUAUGAAUGUCCUAAUGGACAUAAAAUAGAUAAUAGAUGGGUAGUUCCAUAUUGUUCUGAAUUAUUAGAAAUUUUUGACUGUCACAUUAACGUGGAAGUUGUUUCAAGUAUUAAAGUUGUGAAAUAUUUAUACCAAUAUAUUUAUAAAGGACACGAUGCAUCUACAGUAGUAGUUGGCGAAGCAGAAAAUGGGAAUAUUAUUGAACACGACGAAUGCCGUAAUUGCAUUGAAACCCGUUAUGUAGGUCUAGUUGAUGCAUGUUAUAGAAUCUUUAGUAAAGCAUUGCAAGAUAAAAGUCAUUCAGUUUCAAGAUUACCAAUACAUCUACCUAAUGAACAAUCAGUGAUUAUUACACAAAAUGAAGAUGAAUUAUCACUAUUAGCACACUUAAAUAAUUCAAGUAGUAUGUUACUUGAUCACUUCAGUUUAAAUGCAACUAAUGAUAAAGCAAGACAAUUUUUAUUAUUAUAUGUCAAAGGUGCCACAAAUUACAAUGAUUUGCGAACUGUAGAUGAUGUACUACAUUCUUCUUUCACGGCAGCCUGCCUAGCAUUAGGAAUUAUUGAAGAUGACGAGGUAUGGAAUAAAGCUAUGAGAGAAGCUGUGUCUUGGAUGAUGCCUCAGUGUCUGAGAAAUUUAUUUGUUCGUAUAUUAAUUCACUGUCAACCAACUUAUCCUGAAAAAUUAUGGGAAACAUUUAAAGAUUCACUGUCUGAAGAUUUUUCACGUAACAAUGACUUGGAUAUAAAUUAUCAAAUGGCUUAUGCUGAAAUAAAUAAUUUUUUAAUUAAAGAAGGCAAAAGUUUGGCUGAUUUUCCAUCAAUGGAUCAAAAUGUUACAGUUCAUAUAAUUGUAAAUAAUAAUAAUAGUGACGAAAACAGACAACUAGAAAUUGGCAACCAACAAUAUGAAAAAUUAAAUGCAGAGCAGAAACAAAUAGUUGAUAAUAUUCUUGAGGCAUCACGCUCAGAGAAUUAUGAGGGCUCAACCUGCUUUUAUAUUCAUGGACAAGGGAGAUCUGGAUAA